AGCAGGAGGUCUCUACCUUCAUCUUCAAGACACUUUGCAUUUGACAGUCACAAAUGAUGGUGCCUGCGAUGGCAAUGCCACGCUGCAGUCAGAAGGUCCUACCUAAGGAGCAGAAGAUCAUGCCCGCUGUCGUCUCCCAGUUCCUGCAGGCAGCAGCUGCGUGAUGCUAUGAUUGAUGCUUGUCAGGUCACCUUCUCAGCAGAGUCACCUUUUCUGCAGGAAUGACUGGGUUUAAAAAGCUGAGGCACUUACCGGUAGACAACCUGUGCAGGCUGUGGCAUCUCCAGUGUUGGAGCUCUUAAGAGCUGUUAAAGAAGCAUCUGUCAGGCAUUGCAUACUCUGAGAGGAAUGGCUAGCACCUUCUCUCGUCUCCUGACUGGCCGUGCAACCACUGCACUCUUUGCAGCUGCAGGCACAGGGGUGCUAACCACUGGGUACCUCCUCAACCAGCAAAAUGUAAAGGCUGCUGUUCAUGAGAAAAGGAAACUCUUCCCUCCAAGUGCGGACUACCCUGAUCUCCGCAAGCACAACAACUGCAUGGCUGAGUGCCUCACACCAGCCAUUUACUCCCGGCUGAGGGACAAGAUGACUCCCAAUGGCUACACCCUGGAUCAGUGCAUCCAAACUGGGGUUGACAAUCCUGGCCACCCUUUCAUUAAAACUGUAGGCAUGGUGGCAGGCGACGAAGAAUCCUAUGAGGUCUUUGCUGAAAUUUUUGACCCUGUCAUUAAAGCAAGACAUAAUGGCUAUGACCCACGGACAAUGAAGCAUCACACGGACCUGGAUGCAUCCAAGAUCACCCAUGGUCAGUUUGAUGAGCGCUAUGUCCUCUCAUCCCGGGUGCGGACUGGCCGCAGUAUCCGGGGCCUCAGCCUUCCUCCUGCCUGCACCAGAGCAGAGAGGAGAGAGGUGGAGAACGUUGUGGUCAAUGCACUUUCUGGGCUUAAAGGAGAACUCUCUGGAAAGUACUACAGCUUAACCACUAUGACUGAGAGGGAGCAGCAGCAGCUUAUUGAUGAUCAUUUUCUCUUUGAUAAGCCAGUAUCCCCUUUGCUAACGUGUGCGGGGAUGGCACGUGACUGGCCAGAUGCCAGAGGAAUUUGGCAUAACCAUGACAAGACAUUUCUCAUUUGGAUUAAUGAAGAGGACCACACCAGGGUCAUCUCCAUGGAGAAGGGUGGCAACAUGAAACGGGUGUUUGAAAGAUUUUGCCGUGGUUUGAAAGAGGUGGAAAGAUUAAUUAAGGAACGGGGCUGGGAGUUCAUGUGGAACGAGCGUCUUGGGUAUGUUCUGACCUGUCCUUCCAACCUGGGAACUGGCUUACGCGCUGGAGUCCAUGUGAAGCUGCCCAAGCUUAGCAAGGAUCCCAGGUUUCCAAAGAUCCUGGAGAACCUGCGCCUGCAAAAGCGUGGCACCGGUGGCGUGGACACAGCAGCUGUGGCAGAUGUCUAUGAUAUCUCCAACCUGGACCGCAUGGGUCGGUCAGAGGUGGAACUAGUCCAGAUUGUCAUUGAUGGGGUCAAUUACCUAGUUGACUGUGAGAAGAAACUAGAAAGAGGUCAAGACAUCAAAGUGCCACCACCAUUGCCCCAGUUUGGCAGGAAGUGAUCUUGCAACUGAUAGUAAAUGUGGCUGCCAUUCUGACAGGAUGGCACUUCUGUAUAUCUCUGUAUAGAUAGAUUGUGUAAUAAAACACUACCUGAUACCUGG